GUGAUGGAUGAUGGUCUGUAUUGUACAACUAUAACUGUAAAUCAUUAAUAAUUUACAAGAAAGUGGAUGUGUUAGUGUUGAACAGUUUCCUAAUUGUGAUGCGUUCAGGGACCCUUUAGUAGCCUACUUGCGUCCAGUUGGCCUACAGUACAGAGGAUGAGCGGUCUGUCUUGUAUAAAAACUAAAUAUAUGCCGAUGACAAAUCCCACGUGGCUCUGCGGAGAUAAAUAAAGCCAAACUAGAUUCUUCUGCUACUGCUCUGUUGCCUGGUGAGCGUGAACGCGCGCGGCUCCUCGAGCUGCUGUUGCUGAUGAGAGAGAGAGAGCAGCCGUGAACGCGCCGGCCUGUGUGUGGUGUUGUCGGUGGUGGUGGUGUAUGUGGGAGCAGGAGGACAGACUGCAGUGUCUUGGCAGCUGCAUUAGUGCAUCUCCCACCGUCCGCGAUGUCUUCACGGCCAGUGCCAGCCUCCUCCGCGUCCACUUGACAACGCAAACCGACAUGAACCUGUCAGGAAACCGAGCCGGACGUUCACACUAGCUCUCUUUAUGCCCCCGGAGACAGUCAGGAGCGCUUCUUUCACGCACCGAAACCCCGUGACGAGAAUUGUUAAUGGAAAAUGGCGAUAGGCAAAAGGUCUUGCAGCAUCGUCUGCUUGGUAUCUAUCCAGAUUAUCUUGAUUUUCAGCGCAUCGUGGCCUGGAGCAGCAGGGCUCACAUUCCCCCAGCAGUACACGAUAAUGCACUGGGCCAGGCGUAUCGAGCAGGAGAUUGACAGAGUCUUUCAGCACAUCACUGGAGCUCAGCAGUUGAAAGGGAUAUACAAUGAAGAGAGACGACAUUUUAAGCUGCUGAAGAAUCAGCCACGGAAGAUUGUGGAGAAGGUGGCCUCAGACAUUGAGAAACUCCUGGCUAAGAAGCGCAAAGCACUCAAUAAGUUAGCCAGUGAAGCAGAGCGGCUCCAGCGAGAGCAUCUAUGGCAAGAUGGAAUCAAGGAGCUGGACAUGGCUUAUUAUGACUCAAAGGCAGAGCUGGAUUAUUAUUCAAUGGACGGAGAAGGGGAGGUGGAAAAUCCUUCGCACAUCAAGCUGGAGUUUGUGUAUGAUCCAAACUUCAAAAACAACGUCAACUAUUCCCACACGGCUGUUCAAAUACCCACAGAUAUUUAUAAAGGAGCUCCAGUCAUUCUGAAUGAGUUGAACUGGACGCAGGCGCUGGAGAAAGUGUUCAUGGACAACAGUCGGGAGGAUCCGUCACUACUUUGGCAAGCGUUUGGGAGUGCGACGGGUGUCACUCGCUACUACCCAGCCACACCUUGGAAAGCCCCUGAUAAAAUCGACUUAUAUGACGUCAGGAGGAGGCCCUGGUACAUCCAGGGAGCCUCGUCCCCCAAAGACAUGGUCAUUCUUGUUGAUGUGAGCGGCAGUGUCAGUGGACUCACCCUGAAACUGAUCAAAGCGUCAGUGAUGGAAAUGCUGGACACUUUGUCUGAUGAUGACUAUGUCAACGUGGCCAGGUUUAACGAGAAGGCCGAGGCUGUGGUUCCCUGCUUCAAACAUCUCGUCCAGGCUAACGUGCGCAAUAAAAAGAUCUUCAAGGAUGCAGUGCAGCAGAUGCAGGCUAAAGGCACCACUGAUUACAAGUCUGGAUUUCAUUUUGCCUUCAACCAGCUGUUAAAUAAGACAAAUGUCCCGCGGGCCAACUGCAAUAAAAUAAUCAUGCUGUUUACCGACGGAGGAGAGGACAGAGCUCAGGAUGUCUUCAUGCAAUACAACUGGCCAAACAAAACAGUUCGAGUUUUCACCUUUUCUGUGGGUCAACACAACUAUGAUGUCACACCUUUACAAUGGAUCGCAUGCACCAAUAAAGGUUACUAUUUUGAGAUCCGUUCCAUCUGUGCAAUAAGGAUUAACACCCAGGAGUACCUUGACGUGCUGGGACGCCCCAUGGUUCUGGCAGGCGACGAUGCCAAGCAGGUUCAGUGGACCAAUGUGUAUCAGGAUGCUUUGGGUCUUGGCAUGGUAGUAACUGGGACUUUACCUGUUUUUAAUCUCACCAUGGAUGGAAACUCACAGAAUCAGCUAAUAUUAGGUGUCAUGGGAGUCGACGUGCAUCUUGAUGAGAUAAAGCGACUAACACCACGGUACAAUCUUGGAGCCAAUGGAUACAUAUUUGCCAUUGAUCCAAAUGGAUAUCUUCUCCUUCACCCUAAUCUUCAGCCAAAGCUUGUGAACCUCCCUGAGCCUGUGACACUGGACUUCCUGGAUGCAGAGGUGGAGGACAGCAACAAAGAGGAGAUCAGACGACAAAUGAUUGACGGAAGACCAGGUGAAAUGCAGGUCAAAACACUUAUCAAGUCAAUUGAUGAGCAAUACAUUGAUGAGGUGCACAGGGGUUACACCUGGACUCCUAUCAACGGUACAGAUUACAGUCUUGGUUUGGUACUACCCCCAUAUAAUGAAUACUACAUCCAGGCAGACCUGAGUGAUGUGAUGGUGCAGCUCCAGUAUAUGCAGUCAUUGCUCCCCAGCUCCUUUGAAUCCGCAGGACAUGUGUUUCUGGCUCCAAGGGAAUACUGCAAACGUCUGCAUCUUUCUGACAACAACACCCAGUUUUUGCAAAACUUCCUCUCGCUCAUGCUGGACAUUUCCCCAGAAUCGGAUGAGUGUGACCAAGGCCUCAUCCACAACCUAAUUUUGGAUUCUAGGAUUAUUGGGCAGCUGGCCUCUCGUUCUUGGAAGUCCGAUGAGCUGAAUUCGUAUGGCUUCCUGGUUGUAUUUGCAUCCACUGACGGAGGAAUAACACGGGUUUAUCCCAACAUAGCUGCUGAGUUAUGGGAUGAGGAUCCUGAACCCUUCAAUUCGAAUUACUACAGACGGAGCCUCGACAACAAAGGCUACAUGUUCAGACCUCCGUCCAGAUCCUCCUUGGAGGACCCCGUGAGUGCAGAAAACGGCACCGUUGGAAUUUUGGUUAGUUCAGCUGUAGAGGUUAAUUUAGGAGGCAAACUGCUCAAACCUGCAGUGGUCGGAGUGAAGCUGGACCUGGAAGCGUGGGUGGACAAGUUUAAGAUCCUGGCCAGCAAUGUGUCAGACAUUCGACAGGGCUCACACAAGUGUGGACCUUCCAGAAGUUGUGAAAUGGACUGUGAAGUGAACACUGACGACCUCCUCUGCUAUCUCAUUGAUGAUGGUGGGUUCCUGGUUAUGUCCAAUCAGAGAGAUCACUGGAAAAAGAUUGGUCUAUUCUUUGGUGAUGUGGACCCUUACCUGAUGCAUGCACUCUACAACAACUCAAUCUUCACUCGGCGUCAGUCUUUCCACUACCAGUCGGCAUGUGAACCAGUUAGCAGCAGCCACACUGGUGCAGCACCGAGGGGCAUCUUUGUGCCGUCCAUUGCCGACAUCCUCAGCUUGGCCUGGUGGACAUCCACAGUGGCAUGGUCUGUGGCCCAACAGCUACUGUAUGGGCUGGCCUACAACAGCUGGCUUUACCAAGAUGAUGUCCUUGUUGAAGGUUUUGAGACAAAGGAAAGCAGCUGUGUGACCAUCCAAAGCCAGUUCUACUUCACAAACACCACCAACUCUUACAACGUGCUGCAGGACUGUGGAAACUGCUCACGGCUGUUCCAUGCAAAGCGAAUAGAAAACACCAACCUCCUCUUUGUGGUCGCCGAGACGCUCCCCUGCAGCUCAUGUGAGAUAGAGAGAUUGACACAGGUCAGGACAGAGUUUCAGGAGGAGAAUCCAUGCGAAGUACUGAGCAACGCACGAUAUCGUAAAGGCCCGACUUCCUGCUUUGACUACAGUGCCUUAGCUCGGAUCUACUGAAGGUCAGAUCAAACAGCAACUGCAAAAUUCUUCGUUUUUGAUCUACAAACGUCCCAUAGAACAUUUGUGCUUGGGUAAAAAAACAAAAGUGGAUAAGCUCUUAGUGUUUUAUGCCUUAUUGCUUAUGCAUUUGUUGGUGUUCCAGGGCUUGAGUGCAAAAUAUAGGAAGAGAAUGUGUUGAGUGUGCAUGCUACUUAAACUAGGACAAGCAUGUUUAACAUUUUUGCACACAGGAUCAGCCAUGUAAACACCAAAAAGUCAGGGAGGCAGCUGAAAUGUACUUUUAACGGGCCAAUAAAUAACCACUCAGCUGGAACUCACAACUUUAGGUGGGAUUGUGGUAGUGAAAUUAUAAAAGAUCUAAAAACUCAGUCUAUUUGGUUUGUGGUAAAAACACAGUGGUGGAAGGUACUCAGAUAUUUUUAGCAAUACCAAUCUGUGGAAAUACAAGUAUUAGCAACAAAAUUUACUUAAAAGCAUAAAUACUCAUUUGACAGCAGAAUGGACCCUAUGUGUUACAUCAACAUAUCAAUCAUUAUAUUAUCAGAUUAAUAUUAGUUAUGCAUUAACAUGUAGGAGCAUUUAAAUGUUGUAGCUAAUCAAGAUAGAGCUAACCUUCAGUACUUUAUACACCGUUGGGUAGUUUUAUCAAUAACAGUCAUUUUAAAAACUCAGCAUAGGUUUUCUGUGAAAAAAUGAAAAGUAACUACUUGUCUGAUAAAUCUCGUGGAGUAAAAAGUUAAAUAUUUAAGAAUUAAAGGUGCUCUGUGGAUUUUUCUAGCAAACAAAGUUUCUGUUUACAAUUAGUGUUUCUCACCCGAAACACUUGUUGAAUGCAUUUCCUACCACAUAAAAAACUGAAACUGCUUUGUUUACACCCAUAUUUACUUGAUAGCAGUCUUCUUCCCUGCAUUUUCUGACGUAUUGCAGCAUUUUGUGGCGCCUUACUGCCUGCCACCUGUGGAUCGUUGGAAUAGAGUGAAACCAUUGGGGUUUCCAACAGGGACCCACUGUUUUCAUUGCUCCAUAGCGCUGCUAGUGGUCAAAACUCCACAGGUUACCUUUUAGGAGAUAAAAUGGGAUUACUCAAGUAAAGUACAAGCAACCUCAACACUGUACCCAAGUAUAGUACUUGAGUAAAUGUAAAUAGUUACUUGUCAUCACUGAAAAUACAACGCUGCACAUGCCACCACAUGACCGGGUAUUAUCCAGAAGAGCUCUGUGAUUGGCAAAACAACUUUGUAGAGACAUUAUUCUGAGUUUUUAGAUUUUUCAUUGUCACUGUGGCUCCUUCGAUGAGGCCCACCUAAAUAGUUAACUGUUGGUUAACUAUGGUUUAAAGUUUCCAUACAACUGCUGGGUAAAGCUAUAGAAAGUAUUUACAUAACCGAAUGAACAUGGAAAGAAAUAGACAGAACCUGCUGCUGGUUGAGCUCCACAAUUCAGGCUCCCUCCUAUAAUUUGCUCAGACGCCGCUGCUCCUGGCAUCUUCUGUUUUUGUUGGCUUUGUGAAAAUUAAAAUGGAUUGUCUGUGCCAGGUUUCAUUUGCAUGUCCAGUACGUAGUAAAUAUCUUUGCACAUGAAGGAGCUCCUGCACCUACAGCGGUUUUUACAUGAUAGUAGAUCCAGGCCUUAACCUCAAAUUCACUUCAGUGUCUUUCAAUCCACCUCUGACCUUUGCCAGACAGUUUCAGGACUAUAAAUUCCAUCAUAGAUGACAACGACCCAGAAUGACCUCCCUCUGCUGUCUCAAGUACGCUCUGUCUCUUAAAUCGUUAUUUCAGACAGAAUUUAGAUGAGAAGUAUUUUUCCCCCCUAAAAAUAUUUUUCUUAGAGCAUUUUCAUUUAUAAGACAACAGAUGAGAAAAGUAUGAUGAGAAAUACCAGUGUCAGACCUCCAGCAAGAUUUUGUGACUUUUCAUAACACAUAUCAGUGAUGAAGUGUCCGUGUAGUUUCAUUGAUUCAAGGAUUGUUAAAGGCAAGGUUUGUUUUGUUCAAAUGCUUCCACAGAGGCUUGGCAUGAACUUGAUGUGCUUCCAGUUGAUAUGAAUUGAUUAAAGGUGUAAAAUCAGACAGAAACAUACGGUCGUAUCAAAUGUUAACAGUGUUUUUGUUACAAUAAUGUAGUAGUGAAUCCUCCAAAAAAACACUUCAGUGGUUUAGUGCAAUACUGCUGUUUUGCACUAAACCACUAUACUGAUAAUAGUUUGCUUUAUUCUAGCAGUAAUUAUCAUGACCAUCAAUUUCUCAUUAAAUUUAGAUUUGAAGUAAUUGACAUUCUGUGUUAUCUAUAGUGUUAUAGCACAAAACAUGUGCAGAUGUCAGUGUGUAGCUGACAUGUUUUUAGGCGCAUUACAUCAGUUGUUGGUUAAAGGGAAGCUCUCUGUCCCUUUUUUUUUAUAUCUUGUAUCGCCACUAUUUGUCAAACCUGAAUUUAUGCACUUGUGUAUGCUUCUGUAUGGGGAAUGUAGCUUUGAACAGCUUUCUGUGUAAUCAAUAUUUUAUCAGUAUGUGAUGCUUUUUGGCGCUCUGUUGAGAUUCCCCCGAUGUCACACUGAAAGUGAUGAUUCGCUGUGGCAGAAUGUUUUCAUUUUUAUCAUGCAUAAGGCGUCAUGAUGUUGACGUCUGAUUCAAGUUUGUACAAAAUUAUGAAGCUGUAAGACUUUUAGCAGUUUUGUCACAGUUUGUGUCUGUCCAGUAUUGUAUGCAUGUUAAACAUUAACCCCAUAACAAAGAAAUAAUACAUGCAACAUAUAUUAGGGAUGCAACUAAGCAAUUAUUAUUGUUAUCUCUAUUAUUCAAUGAUUAGUAGUUGAAAUAAAAAAAAAAUUGCCCUUCAGUUUCCCAGAGCGUGGUUACAAGUACAUUAGUACAUUCAGUGUCAAACAGCAAAAUCCUAACACAUGAAAAUCAAAACUCAACACUGAAAUUUAUUAUUUUUGUUCAUGAAGUCACCGGUUUGUCAUUAGGAAAAAACACGACGACUGUGCUUAUGUAACAGUUGGAAAAUCAUUAUCUGUUACAUACAAUUUAUUUAAUUUGACUCAUUUUAUCAGUGUGGGUCUUGUCUCAUCUGUCUGCGCAACGCACGUGUCAGACUUCUCCUCCGUGGCCGCCUGCAGCUAUACUACUUGUGACUGUAACUUCCACUAUCUACAUCUACACUAGAUGCCAAAUUUUUUUCAAGCCGUUAAAUGGCGGCCCAGAACAAAGUGAAAUUAUUUCAAAUCCUCAUACAGGCUAAUCCUGUGCAUGUUUAGCACAGUACUACUGCGCGGUAAGAUUGAUUCCAAAUAACUGCAGAUAUUUUUUUUUUAUCUCCCUUGUUAAACAAAAUUGACAUAAAGCAUUGCUGCAAAAAACAUUCUCGCACUUUUAUUUUGGAGGCAGUGAGUGUGUGAGUAACUGUAGUUGUCAUGACUGAGAUCUAUUUCAGCACCAGCCGCUAUCAUUAUUAAUCAUUUUUUAUUUUUCUGCUAUCAAAGCAAUCUAUCAAGGCCAGAAAUUAUUGCUGGUGGGCCUGCCUAUUGCCGACCACUGCUUUAACAUACACCAAUCAGCCAUAACAUUAAGAACACCUGCUGGUCUCCCUCUGCCACCAAAACAGCUGUGACCCAUCAAGGCAUGGACUCCUCUGUGUAUGCAAUGUGUGUCCUGACGUCUUUCUAUCAGAACCAGCAUUAACUUUUUCAGCAAUUUGACCUGCAGUAGCUAGUCUGUUGGAUCGGCCCACACGGGCCACCCUUCCCUCCCCACAUGCAUCAAUGAGCCUUGGCUCACCGUGACCCUGUCGCCAUUUCCUGCUUUUCUUUCCUUGGACCACUUUUGAUAGGUACUGACCACUGCAGACCGAGAACGCCCCACAAGAGCUGCAGUUGUGGGCAUGAUCUGACCCAGUCUUAAGCCAUCACAAUUUGGCCUUGUCAAAGUUGCUCAAUUCCAUAAGUUUGACCAUAUUUCUUGCUUCUAACACAUCAACUUUGGGGCCAAAAUGUUGCUACUUAAUAUGUCCCACACACUAAUGUGUGCAAUGGUAACCAGAUAAUUACUGUUACUCACUUCCCCUGUCAGUGGUCAUAAGGUUAUGGCUGACUGUUAUAUUUUAUUUAUAAAGCAAUGUGGUUGUAAGGCAUACAGUUAGCAGGUUGUUUUCACCAAACUCUCCAUCUGACAAAUUGUACAAACAAGGUCACAGCCUGUAUGAUUAUUGUGCUGUAUUAAACAACCCCUUAACAUAAAAAUCUCUACUACUAAUGACUAUUUUCUUGGUCGACAAAUCUGUUAAUUAUUUAUUCGAUUAGUCACUAGUCACGAUUAUUUUUGUCACUACCUAACCCUAAUUAACCCAUUUAACUAAUUAAAUAUCUUUCAAGUGAACUAGCCUACUGAUCUCUUAACACACAGCCUAACUAGCUAACCUUACCAUUAAGUGAAUGAGGUUUAAUAUUCAGAAUGAACACCAGUAUCAACGCCAGGGGGAAACCAAGGAAGACAAGACAGCGUAGGCUACUCCUAUAAUUCACUGAUUUAUACUAACUUUAAAACUUUUAACUGUUUAACAAAGAUUUUUGCUUUGGAACUAUAUAAAAUAAAAGCAAAUUAACAGUAACAUUAGAAACAGUCCCCUUUCAUACAACUUCUGUAGUUUAUUUUUCAAAAGUGCUUAUAAAUUUUAGGUAGUAACUUAGUGGAGAAUGUUCUGUAGGCUGCAUCAAGAGACAGAUAUUCCUUGAUUUACUUUUUUCAAAGCUGGGUCUCGACAUUCCCAGCGUUGUGUUGGACAGAUUUGUGCUGCGGUUUUUAUGAGACAGACGAGCGAGAGGAUGUGCUGCGCGUGUGCGCUACGGCGCUCAUCUGCAAUCAAAUAGGAUUUUAAGUAGGCCUAGUAAAAUAAAAUCAAAACAAAAUCAGUAUGUGGCGGGCCGCCACAAAUAAAUGCAGCUCUGUUGUUGCUGCUGCAGUGGUCUGAGUAACUGGGACCAGAGGGCUCUGUGGCCCGACUGGCCGGCCGGCUGCCACCGUUAACCUCGCGGGCACUUGUGGAGCUUCUCAACCCCGAAAACGUUUGAGCACAUUUUCGAUUCGCCAUCAACUUUGGUAAAACUGCCAAUAUUCAAGUUCUAACACAGUUGAUUUCUCGACUCAAAACCGCUCACAAGUGUAGCCCAAUUAGAGAUUAUAUAGUGUACAAAAUUAAAAACAAAAGCCGCUCUGGUGUUCGCCUCUUUCUCCGCUUCUUUCUCCUUCUCACGUGAAACUUUCUUCUUCGUGAGUAGUUUUACGGUGAAGCAGUCAUGGCAGACAGUGGAAGCGAUACUGCCCCCAGCACUUCCUGUAGUGUAUUGCAGUUUGAAAUAAACCACAAAUGUUCCUAGUAUGAAGAUUGUUAUCUCUCCCUUAAACGGCAUCUAUAACGAUGCGUCGAGAAUUAAAUUUCACAUCGACGAAUUUUUAUAGUCGACGUCGUCGAUUACGACUAAUCGUGGCAGCCCUACUCUACUCACGAUAAUAAUUUGUGUCAGAUGUGUUUUUUCAACACAUUUAUUUUCUCUCAUAUUGUUCAGUUCAAAAUUUUAACUGCUGAACACCUUUGGAGUCACUUUAAGUAAGUUAAAUUCUAGUGAAGACUUUGUAACUUAACAAUGUAUCACUGUCUUCUUUAGAAGUUAUACAUGAUAAAAUCUCGAAAACAAUUUCCCACAGUGAUUCAUCAGCCCCUGGUGUCUUUUUGUGUUACCAUUUGUUCUGUCACAUUAAUCGGGGAUAUUUUUUACAAGCUUUUUCGACAUAACAUUUGUAAAAUGCUGUUUUUCUCCGUCUGCCUGGAGUUCCACCCUGCAGUGCCUUUGUUGCACUCAUUUUGGAUGGCAGGAACAUUUGUAUCUUAGACGUGUGGACGUUCAUCCUGCAGGCCCUGUGAAAGACACGGUUAAAUUUAAAGGGUUGCAAUGGUUCAACUCUAAAUGGACUUCUCGUCAGGGAAGAAAAGGAUGCACUUCAUGAACUUAUGAAAGCUUUUAAAAGGAGCACAGCACGGUUGUGAAAGAGCACAACAGAGGCAUGUCGAGCAGCUGGCCUCCCCUCCUGCCUUCUCAUGGAGAGAUGUUCGUCAAAGCGACGUGAACCAACCCUGCUGCCCGUCUGCUACAUGUCGUUUAUCUCUACACUGUGGUUCAGCCUCGAAUCAAAGCACAGACACUGUCCAUUUUCAUAGAUUUUACUUCGUCCCAUUGGCACACUGUAUAUUCUAUAUUUGAAGCCUGUUGGAAACAUAUACUUUUCCAUUAGGACUGACUGAAACGAGUGAAUGUUUAUGUACAGUAUACCUACUGUUCUCCAUUUCUCUGCUGUACCCGAGCAUGGUGGGGGACCCGGAGAAACAGACUGAAGCUCAACACUGUUUGGAGACCUCAGCAAAAACACUGCUUUAAAAAAAGAAAUGAACAAAAAAAACCCAGCUUUUAUUCUGAGACCUGCUGUAUUCAUUUUUGGUCGUAUUGCAUUAUUCAAACAAUACUGGUGUACAUUGAAGGAAAGACAUUUUGUGAAACUCUUUAUAGCCUACAAUAUAUUACUACUGUUGAGGUCAGUGUUGUAGUUUUGUUUUGAAUUACCGGUAUUUAUUUGCAUGAUAUUUUGAACAAUUUACAGAUUUGUGUACAUAGUCUGAUGGAUAUUUUACAUUCCUGUCCACAUCCAGCUCUCCAGCACUAUGGGGAGAAGCCAGGGCGCCCUCUGAGGCCUCAGAGCUCUUUGCUGUGUGUAAACAAACGAAGCUGAAAGUUUGACUUCAGUGAAGCCUACAAUAACUGUCAGUGUUUGCAAUUUAGGUCUCUACGGCAAGUAAAAGCACAGAGGUAUUUAGAGUUACGAGCAACAUACUGCCUGAUUAAACUUUUGUCAUUUAUUUAGGAAAAAAGUGACAUCAAAUGGAAAUGAUUUAUGCAUUUAAAGGCUAUAAAACAAACAAGGCAGUGGCAUGUGUGGGGACACCCCUUUUAUUAAUUCACUUUGUUUAUGAAAUAGAUUUAAGUGUUGCUUAUUUCAUUUGAUUAUGUAUUCUUUUAUUUGUUUAUUUAUUUGGGUAUUGUGAAUAAGAUUUGUGUUGAACAGAAAGGAAUCGAAUGUGUUUGAUGCUUCUUUUGGUGCACAAAGCAGUUAACAAGAAAAUUGCAAAGCAGAGAAAAAAAGAUACAUACUGUAAGUCUUUGUCCUUUUUAUUUACCGAGUAUCAAAAAAUAAGAAUGUCAGUGUUUUUGCUGUAACUUUGCUUUUCAUUUUGCCGAUGUUGUCGUUUACUUUGGACAGUUUCCUCUCUCUUUGUGCCAGUCUCCAAUGCCACCUCAUUUUUUGUACAGACGAUGUGAAGCAGUCAGCAGAAGAUGAAGGCUAACUUUGUAAAGAUUUUGUCAGUCACAUUACAAAAUGGAUAUUUAAAUGUUUAUAUCUUUGGUGAUUAAAUGCUAUUGAUAUUUUUCACUUCA